AUGCAUACUAAGGCAUUUGUCCGUGCGCCGGAUGGCUAUUCGCACAUGCGAGCAGACAUGGACACCAUAUGGACCAGCAGGAGCACAACAGCCAUUGUCGGUCUGCACUCGCUAGGAGGCCGAACCUGCAUGGGAGAGGAGAGAAAGUCAAAGGGGAAAGCUAGGAUCCCCUCAAUCCUACUGCUUCCACAUGGGUCAAGAAAGCAUGCCUGCUUUCUUCGCUUUCCUGCGGCCGCCUUCAUCGGCCUCGGCAAGAAUAGGAGGUGCCUCCAAAGAGGUGGUCGGGCCUCACUCCGGGACAGGUCUGAUGGCGAUGUACCAUUCUCAUACACCCAAUGA